ACGCUCCUCCUCCAAAUUUGAAAACACAAUAAAUUGACUUACUGCAAUGAUACGUAGAGAAGUCUAUAUCAGGGCGCUCCGCUCUCUCCUCUCUCGUCUUCACCAUUGUCUUCUUCGCAAGGAUUUUUUUAUUGUUCCUCGUUCGACUUGAUUGAGAUCAUUUUGUCGAAAAUGGUGCUGAGAUCGAAGAACAAACCGCCUUUGCCUUUGGCACGAUCGCCGAUUCAGCUCCGGUCCCGCCGCAGAAGCCUCGAGCCAAUUGCCAGUAGCGUCGCCACUCAAUCGCCGCCAGGCCAAACAGCGAAGCCAAACCACACACGGGAGGUUCGGAGAUCGGCCGAGGUUCUUCCCACGUACCAAACCAUGUCCUGUCAAAUCACAGCUUUGGCUAAAAUGGUGCACCAAGAGCUCGGGGUGAAACCCGAAGAUACAGUUUCCGGUGGUGGAAGAAGCACGGUGGUAUUCGAGCGGGGCAGGUUUUACAACGAGUAUUCAGCCAAAAGAAACGAGAGGCUGAAGAGAAAGAAGAGUGAAGUAAAUAUGGAUAAGUCCGAUGACGAGAAUGGUGGCAUUGAUGAUGGUGUGAGGAUCGACGCCUCUACAAAAAGAGACACAACGGGAGCAGCGGAGGAUUCGAGCAGGUAUUCGCUGAGGAGGGUUACUAGUAAGGAAAACAAGAAACCUCCCCUUUCCUUGUCUGCAGCAGUCGCCGUUGAUGUCGAGGAUGCAAAGGUUAGUGUUAGAAGAAGGGCUCGGAAGGCUUACUAGUUGUGUGCACUUAUUUCGUGGGGACGAAGCUAUUCUAAUGUCCUACUCUCAUAUAUUUUUCUCCUAUCAUUGAAAGUGUGUUUUGUGAAGUCUCGAACUACAUUUUCUACGCUAGAGGGUGUAAUUUUCUUUCAAAUACGAUUGUUAGUAAUGAAAGUUAAUCCUAAAUGUAAGUAAAAUAAUCCACAGAUUAUGAUUUGAACAAACCAUUACCAACAUUUGAAAGUCGAAAUGAAAACAAGAAAGAAUUAUGU